GCACGCCGACUUCCCUCGUCCUCGCGUCCUGCUGAAGAGGCCAGCCCCUCUUCUCCGCCGAUACCCUCCCUGCCGGGCGCAUAAUCACCCGUCGCCGUACCGGCUCUAGCCAAGAUGCAGGGCAUACCCAUAUCUUCCGCUUCCCCUGCCUCUGCUCCCUCCCACUGGGACACCAGGGGAUUGGCAGCCAUGCCUGCUGAUGAGGCCGCUCCAGGAAUGGCCCCAAGCACGUAUGGCAUCGAGUCUGGUUAUCAGGCCUCUCAGCCCCAGUAUGGUGCAAACUCUUUCCCAUAUGUCCCCAAUUCCUCUUCUACUUCCAUAGGCACCUCCUCGUCCUAUCGACCUCGGUCAGGCGACUACACCUCCGCUCACCGACCCAGCUACGUGUCUGAGAUUCCACCUCCCACGUCGGUCCCGCUCCAGUACUCCAGCAGCGGUGGACCAGCGCCUCGUCAAGCCCCGCUGGGUACGUCUCUCAAUUCACACGACGACUACACCGCGCCGGCGCCUUGGUCUCAAUCUCAGGCCCCUUCCUUGACGGCUUCGCGUAACAACUCCAUCUAUUCCCUCGAUGGUCAAAUGGGGAGCAUGGCUGUAGGACCCGGCAACGGGGCUGGCGUUGAGGGGCAUGCUCCGAUCUCUUCAUACGGAGGGGCACCCUCUCAACCACAGCAGCACCGGCUGCUUACCCAUACCAUCCCCAACGUCCACGCCGAUCGCCGGUUCUCACUGGAUGAUCGGCGUGCGCCUUCUGCCCGCAAUGGCCCAUCCGGCGCCAGCACACCAGGACGAACGUGGCCUUGGGGGGCCUCUCCAUCGGCAGCGAUGACCUCUUCUACAGGCAAUGGGGCCGCAGGGGCAGGACCGACUCCCUCUUCUCUCCCCAGUGCUGCACCUUUCCACUCUCGCGCGUCUUAUGACUACGGGUCCAUGGGCUCACGCUCUCUCCUUCCCGGCAGCAACGGCGGAAAUAUGGGACCUCAUGACUCUGCCUGGCAGAGUUAUGACAGCAGCAACCUUGGAAGUGGAAGCAGAGGCAAUCCUCUUGGUCUUGACUCCAAUGCGCCCGCUCGAAUGCGCGCCAUGAGCUCAAGUGCUGGGCCCAGUCGAGGUCACCCAUAUGCGACGGCCUACGGAGGAGGGAGAGCCUCGUCAGCGUUGAUGGUGACGAAGAGGAAAGUGAAGAAGGGAGCGACGAAGAGGAAGGCGAAGGCGAAGGGACGUCUUUCGACGACUCCCUUCUGCCUCGAGGAUCUCAUCCCGAAGAACAGCUUCACAACUUUGGAGGCGCAGCUCCGAUACCGAGAUACGAGCCGCUCUACUCCGGCCAAGCGCACAACCACAGCUCUCAUGAUCAGCAUCAACGAGCGACUGGGCCCGUCUAUGAUUCUGGCGUUAGAGGUGGCGUGGAGUUCAACAUGCCCUUUGACGGUCACUCUGCAUCUCAACAUCCUAUUCAUCAGUCCCCGCACCAGCAUCAACAUCAGCAACAGCAGCAUCAGCAGCACUAUCACCACCCACAUCAGACUGCAGCAAGCAGUAUUGAUACGUCGGUCAGGAGUGUGGGCAGCAUCGGCAGCGCCGGUGGCGACAGCAGCUUUGAUACAGGAGGCUCCACCGGGCCCACUUCCAUUGGGAGCGCGAGCGCAGCCGCAAUGCCUGGGGGUCCCAUCUCAGGUCCGGUCCCAUUGCACAAGGCUCGCAAGGGCCCUCGGGAAUCGAGUCUGGCGCUCGAGGAACAGACGGUCGAAUUAUCAUGAUGGAGUGUUAGAGGAAGAUGGCAGAUGUUGUUCAUGUAGAUGUACCAGUAAUCUCCUUGUUGUCUCGUCGCCUGUGAUCCCUUUGAUAAUACCAAGGUCCAUUGUGCAUCCCAUUCAUGAACGCUGCCCUUGUGUGCUCGAUGUUGGCCCCCGGCGGAAAGAGAGGUGGAGGCGGAAGGGCCCAGAGAAUAGACAAAGACUACUUUUACAGACGAAAGACCAAUGUCUGCUCAUCUUUAAUAUCAGGUAUCGCGAACAUCAUCGUCUUCGGAGCGUCGUUGGCCUCUGCCUUACAGGAUGUUUGCCCCUCGCAGCUCUUUCUCGUACCUCGCUCUCUCCCCCCUGCUGCCCACACACGUACCCUUCUUGCUGCGCAAUUUCGCUGCCCUCAGAUUUGCCCUACUCUCUUCUCUUGCAUGGACAAUCGUGGUCGUCUACGUACACUGGGGUGCAGGCAUAGCCCCGGCGCUUUCGUGCAGAGAUGUAACAGGAAAAGAGACAGGCUCAGCAGCGGCAGCGUCAAUUUGGCCGACCCGGCAGUCCUCUGGGCUUGCUGCUUCGAGAGGACUUGCUGCUUCGUGGCUGGGG